AUGAUGAGCCAAGGUCAGCGGCUGGGCUAUGUGUUUGAGUUCAGUGUACUAGCUCUAGUUUUUUGGGGCGUCCCUGGGACCAGGGCUCUGGACAACGGCUUGUCGAUAACCCCUACCAUGGGCUGGCUACACUGGGAGCGCUUCCUAUGCAACGUAAACUGCCUGCAAGAGCCAGAUAAUUGUAUCAGUGAGCAGCUCUUCAUGCAGAUGGCUGAUCUCAUGGUAUCAGAUGGCUGGAAGGAUGCAGGCUACCAGUACCUCUGCAUCGAUGACUGUUGGAUGGCUCACACACGCAAUUCAAAAGGCAAACUUCAGGCAGACCCUAAGCGCUUUCCUGGUGGGAUUGAACGCCUAGCCCAUUAUGUCCACAGCAAAGGUUUGAAGCUAGGGAUCUAUGCAGAUGUAGGAAAUAAAACCUGCGCAGGCUACCCUGGGAGUUUUGGACACUAUGACAUUGAUGCCAAGACCUUUGCUGACUGGGGAGUAGAUCUGCUAAAAUUUGACGGUUGUUACUGUGACACUCUGACACAUUUGGUAGAUGGUUAUAAGAAAAUGUCCUUGGCUCUGAACAGGACUGGCAGAAGCAUUGUGUUCUCUUGUGAAUGGCCCCUUUACGUGAGGCCCUUUCAUAAGCCUAAUUACACAGAAAUUCGGCAGUACUGCAAUCACUGGCGAAAUUUUGAUGAUGUCUCUGAUUCCUGGCAAAGUGUGAAGCAGAUUUUGGACUGGUCAUCUUCUAACCAGGCCACAAUUGUUGACAUCGCUGGACCAGGGGGUUGGAAUGACCCAGAUAUGUUAAUUAUUGGCAACUAUGGCCUCAGCUGGGAUCAGCAGGUAACUCAGAUGGCCCUCUGGGCUAUCAUGGCGGCUCCCUUAUUCAUGUCUACCGACCUCCGGCACAUCAGCCCUCAAGCAAAAGCUCUACUUCAGAAUAAGGAUGUAAUUGCCAUCAACCAGGAUCCCUUAGGCAAGCAAGGGUACCUACUUAGAAAGUACCACAACUUUGAGGUGUGGGAACGACCUCUCUCAAGAUUAGCCUGGGCUGUGGCUGUAAGAAAUUUACAGGAGCUAGGUGGACCUCGUUCUUAUACCAUUUCAGUUACUUCUGUGGGUAGAGCAGUGGCCUGUAAACCUGCCUGCUUUAUCACACAGCUUCUCCCUGUGAAAAAAGAGCUUGGGUUAUUUGAAUGGACUUCAACCUUAAAAACGAAAAUAAAUCCCGUAGGCACUGUUUUGUUUCAGAUAACAAACCAAGCUUAA